GGCAGCCCCCCCUGACGCGCGGCGCUGAGGAGUCUUGCGAAAUGCCAAACUUUGCAGCAGCGGCUACGAUUUCUCACAUCCCUGGGCAUGGAGCUGGUCAAGAUGGCACGAGUUUGCUGGAAUCUCCUGGUGCUCCAAGCUCUUCUGGCGGAGUUGGCCCUGGUCCGUGGGGCAGAGAAAAGCUACCCCAUCCUGAACAUUGCCGUCAUUCUGGGGAGGACCCAGUACGUCACGGAAAGGGACGUCCGAGCGCUUUGGACCAGGGAUAUGUCGGGCAACCUCGCCCUUGAUGUCAACGUGGUGCCCCUCCUGGUCAACCAGACCGACCCCAAAAGCAUUAUCACCAACGUCUGCGACUUGAUGUCGGGCACCAAGAUCCACGGGGUGGUUUUUGGAGACGACACCGACCAGGAGGCCAUCGCUCAAAUUUUGGAUUUUAUUUCGUCGCAGACCUUUAUUCCGAUCUUGGGGAUCCAUGGUGGCUCUUCCAUGAUCAUGGCAGACAAGGAUGUGAUGUCCACAUUUUUCCAGUUCGGGGCAUCAAUCCAGCAGGAAGCCAUCAUCAUGUUGAAAUUCAUGCAGUAUUACGACUGGCACGUCUUCUCUGUGGUGACUAGCACUUUCCCCGGCUACCGGGACUUCAUUAGUUUCAUCAAGUACACUGUGGAAAACAGUUUCGUGGGCUGGGACAUGCAAAACAUUGUCACCCUGGACACAUCCAUUGGAGAUGCCAAGACAACGAUUCAACUGAAGAAGAUCCACUCCUCUGUUAUCCUUCUGUAUUGCUCCAAGGACGAAGCCGUUUACAUCUUGGAUGAAGCACGGUCCUUGGGACUGACUGGCUACGACUUUUUUUGGCUUGUUCCUAGCUUGGUUAGUGGGAACAUGGAAAUCACGCCGAAAGAGUUUCCUGCGGGGCUGAUGUCAGUGGCCUACGACGAAUGGGACUACCGCUUGGAUGCUCGGAUACGGGACGGCCUUGGGAUUAUUACUAAGGCUGCAGCAGCCAUGUUGGAAAAGUACGCUUUUAUCCCUGAAGCAAAGACCAGUUGCUAUGGACAGCUGGAGAGCAAUGAGCAGCCGUCUCACACACUACACAAGUUUAUGAUGAAUGUGACCUGGGAAGGCAAAGACUUAUCUUUCACUGAAGACGGCUAUCAAGCGCAUCCCAGACUGGUGGUCAUUGUGUUAAAUCAAUCCCGGACAUGGGAGAAGGUGGGAAAAUGGGAGAACAGGAGCCUGAGCCAUAAGUAUUCCGUGUGGCCCAGGUUCAAUUCUUUCAAUGACAGCGACCCGGACAACAACCACCUAAGCAUUGUCACUCUGGAGGAGGCUCCGUUUGUCAUUGUGGAAGACAUGGACCCUUUGACGGAGACCUGCGUGAAGAACACCGUGCCCUGCCGAAAAUAUAUCAUCAUUAAUAACAUCACUAAGGAAGGCAAGAACGUGAAAAAAUGUUGCAAAGGCUUCUGCAUCGACAUCCUGAAGAAACUCUCCAAGGCCAUCAAGUUCACCUACGACCUCUACCUGGUGACCAACGGGAAACACGGGAAAAAGAUCAAUAAUGAGUGGAAUGGAAUGAUUGGUGAAGUGGUCAAAAAGCAAGCCGUGAUGGCUGUGGGGUCCCUCACAAUUAACGGGGAGCGCUCGGAGGUGGUUGAUUUUUCGGUGCCGUUCGUGGAAACGGGAAUUAGCGUCAUGGUAUCUCGGAGCAACGGCACCGUUUCUCCAUCUGCUUUUUUAGAGCCCUUCAGCGCCUCUGUCUGGGUGAUGAUGUUUGUGAUGCUGCUCAUUGUGUCAGCCAUUGCGGUGUUUGUGUUUGAGUACUUCAGCCCCGUGGGCUAUAACCGGAACUUAGCGCAAGGGAAAGAUCCCCACGGCCCCUCUUUCACCAUCGGGAAGGCGGUGUGGCUGCUUUGGGGUUUGGUGUUCAACAAUUCUGUGCCAGUUCAGAAUCCGAAGGGGACCACCAGCAAAAUCAUGGUGUCUGUCUGGGCUUUCUUUGCCGUCAUCUUCUUGGCAAGCUACACAGCCAACCUGGCCGCCUUCAUGAUCCAGGAAGAGUUUGUCGACCAGGUGACGGGCUUGAGCGACAAGAAGUUUCAACAACCGUAUGCUUAUUCGCCUCCAUUCCGGUUCGGGACAGUCCCAAAUGGGAGCACAGAGAGAAAUAUCAGGAACAACUAUAAGGAGAUGCAUGCCUACAUGGUCAAAUAUAAUCAGAAAGGAGUGGAGGACGCUUUGGUCAGCUUGAAGACUGGGAAGUUGGACGCUUUCAUCUAUGACGCGGCAGUGCUGAACUACAAGGCCGGGCGAGACGAGGGGUGCAAACUGGUGACCAUUGGCAGCGGCUACAUCUUUGCCACCACAGGCUACGGCAUCGCUCUCCAGAAGGGAUCACCAUGGAAGAGGGCAAUUGAUCUUGCGCUCCUGCAAUUUGUGGGGGAUGGAGAAAUGGAGGAACUGGAAACUUUGUGGCUGACGGGCAUUUGUCACAACGAGAAGAAUGAGGUCAUGAGCAGUCAGCUGGAUAUUGACAACAUGGCCGGGGUGUUUUACAUGCUUGCUGCUGCGAUGGCACUCAGCCUGAUCACCUUCGUGUGGGAGCACUUGUUUUACUGGAAACUGAGGUUCUGCUUCACUGGGGUUUGCUCCGACAGGACAGGAUUGCUCUUUUCUAUCAGCAGGGGUAUUUACAGCUGCAUUCAUGGGGUGCACAUUGAGGAGAAGAAGAAAUCGCCCAACUUCACUCUGACGAGUUCUCAAACGAAUAUGUUGAAGCUCCUGCGGUCAGCCAAGAAUAUGACCAACAUCACCAACAUGAACCCCUCACAGAUGAAUUCCCCCAAAAGAACAGCCGAUUUCAUUCACAGGGGCUCCUUAAUCAUGGACAUGAUGAUGGAUAAGGGGAAUAUCAUCUUCGCUGACAACAACAGGCCUUUCCCACCAAAGGAGAACAUUUUCAGUGACAAUAUGAGCGAGCUCCAGACGUUCAUGGGCAAUCGGCACAAGGACAACCUCAACAACUACGUUUUCCAAGGACAGCACCCGCUGACGCUGAACGAAUCCAACCCAAACACGGUGGAAGUUGCUGUUGCGGCUGAAGCCAAAGGAAACUCGCGCCCACGGCAGCUGUGGCGGAAAUCCGUUGAAUCGUUGCGCCAAGAAUCCAUUCGCCAAGGCUCUCAGAGGGAGAACGAAGCCGACGAAAACCGGCAGCACUCUCUGAAAGGCUCACGGUUCCUCCCCGAAGAGAUUGUUCGCUCCGAUGUUUCGGAUACCUCAAGCCGAGCCACCUGCCACAUGGAGCCUGAAAACAACAACAAGCCCCACAAGUCGAAGGACAACGUUAAAAAAAGGCCCGUAUCGAAAUAUCCGAAGGACUGUAGUGAAGUAGAGUUGACAUAUCUGAAAAACAAACAGUCUCUGCCCCGGGAUAAAAUUUACAUCAUCGAUGCAGAUAAAGACUGCGGCUUUCAUCUAGAUCCACCCCAGUAUAUUGAGAAUAUUAUUCUUCCAGAGUCUAUGGAGUUCUCUGACAUUUAUCAGGAUCACAACGACAACUACCGAACGGCUGAACAGAGUGACAGGACUCCCUUGCCAAAUGAAGAAAGUCUUCCAAGUAAUGAUCAGUACAAGUUCUACUCAAAGCACUAUAGCUUAAAAGAUAAGAACGCUUCCUUCGGCGAAGCCAACGACAGAUACAGGCAGACGUCCACACACUGCAGAAGUUGCCUUUCCAGUCUUCCCAGUUACGCAGGACACUAUUUGAGUCGGUCCCCCUACAAGUGCGAUGCCUGCGUGCGGAUGGGGAACCUCUACGACAUCGACGAAGACCAAAUGUUGCAGGACAGCGCCAACUCUACGCAACGGGAAGAGAUGUAUCGGCACGACUGGGUGCAGAACAACAAAACCCAGCCUCAAAAAAAAAGCAAGCUGAAGAUUAGCAGGCAGCAUUCGUUCGACAACCUUCUUGACAAGCCCCGGGAAAUCGACGUUGGGCGGCCGGCUCGAAGCGUAAGCCUGAAAGAGAAAGAGAAGUUUCUGGAAGGCAGCCCUUAUGCAAACCUGUUUAAUGCUCCCCAAAGCAAACUCUUGAGCAACCAGGCUCCGCUUUUCACACGCACUCUGGACGACGGUAAGAGGAUCAAGUCCCUGUAUCUCGACCGCUCUGCGGAGAACCCUUUUCUGCACACUUAUUGCGACGACCAGCACUUGGUCCUCGGGCGGAGCCCCGCGGGCCUUUAUAAACAAUCAUUACCCACAAAAGCGAGAAAUGAUAGUUACUCAAGGUCGUCGAUAAAAUCGACCACCUCGUACUGUUCCAGAGACGGCCGGGUCCACAACGACAUGUACAUUUCGGAGCAUGGGAGGCCUUAUGUUGCAAAUCAGAAUAGCGUUUACUCGGCUCCAAGAGUUUUAAAUUCCUGCAGCAAUAGACGCGUGUAUAAGAAGAUGCCUAGCAUUGAAUCAGACGUUUAG